CAGGACACGAAUCCCCAAGUUUCAUCAGCAACCAUUUAAACAGGUUGUAAUUUGCUGUGUAAGUGAGCUCAGUAAAUAAAAGGGGGAGAGAGAGAGACUAUAAUUAGGUUCCGACGUUCUUCAGGGUAUAUCAGCCAGGAAUGGAAGCCAACAGCUGCUCUGGUAGCAGGAAGCUUUACCAGUCUGGAGAGUUUGGUCCCCCACAGUUAACCAGACCUCCUGUCUUCCUAAACGGACCUUCCAUGCUCCUUCUUCGUCACAGAAUUUAUGAAUGAGCCAUGUGUCACGCUGAGUGAAAGAGAGAUCUCAGAUUGGAGUGGAUCACAAUUUGGCGUUUUUUUUGCUGUGCUUUUCCUAUUCCUGCCACCGGGUGGCGCAUUGGAAUAUUUGUUUCCACUCAUCCAGCCAUGGCGAUUGAGGUGUUACAACAGAUUGGUUGUUUUCAAACAGGGAUGGGAGGGGUUUGUGUCAACCCCCGAGGGCUACGGGCAGAGGUCUGUGGAUAGGUUAGUCUACUCGGUGGGUGUGGGGUAGAAAAAUAUGAUGGCAGUGGAGAGGGUGGGGUCUGAGAACAACAGGUGGAGUAGGUAGGUGGUGUAGGGACACCCCAGAGCAGCUGGACCCCCCCGUGAGGAUGCGUCAGCUGUCUUGUGAUGAUGAGUGUGGGGAGCUGCGCAAGAAUUUGCACCAGCUGCACUGAGGCUGCGGAACUGUCUGGCUCGUCCAAUGGAAUCGCAAGGGCAGCUGUCCAAUCAGAGCUCCGACUCUGGGUCAGGUGAUGCCAGAGGCAGCUCCUCAUGUUAACAUCAAUGAUAGGAAAGUGGAUGCUACAAGACCAUGACGACGACCUGAAACCAGAGAAACCUGGCAUGGAGGACGAGCUGACUGUCAAGGAGAAGGAGGCCCUGGAGGAGAAUGAGGAGAAGGAGCAGAAGGACGAAGAGGCAGGCAAUGGGGAGAAGGAGGUGACCGAGGAGAAAGCGGGGGAGGCAGCUGAGAGGAAGGAUGCAGUGGAGACCGGCGACAGGCAGGGGGCGCCGCUCCCUGAGGGGCAGGAGCUGGAGGAGUUGAGGGCACAGGUGCUCCAACUGCUCCUGGAGCUGGAAGAGGCACGGGAGAUGUCGCAGAAGCACGAGGAGAGCUUCCACGAGCUGCAGGGUCUGCUGGAAGAUGAGCGUCUGGCCAGCGCGCACCAAGCUGAGGCCUUCACACGCCAGAUCCAGAGGCUACAAGCCCAGCUGCGCUCUGUCCAGGAGGAGAUGGACAGCCUGGAGGAGGAGAAGGAGAGCGAGCUGGCCGAGGCGCAGGAGGAACUGCGGGCGGCGCAGGAGGAGGUGCUGGUGCUGCAGCAGGCGGCCGAGGAGGCGGCGGCUGAGCGGGAGAACGACAUCGCCAGCCUGCAGGAGGAGUUGUGCCGGCUGCGGGCCGAGCUGCAGCGGCUGCAUGCCACCACGCAGGAGUACGAGCUGGAGAUCACCACACUGCGCGCCGAGAUCACCAUGAAGAGCCAGCGCAGGGAGGAGGAACGCAACCAGGGUGAUGUGGGCCUGCUGAAGGAGGAGUGCCGCGUGCUGAAGGAGGAGUGUCAGGCCCUCAAGGACGGCAACAGGCAGCUGCUGGAGCGUCUGCAGCUGCUGCAGCUACAAAGGACCGGCUCCAACGACGUGUGCCUGCCGCUGAAGGAGGAGAGUGAGACAGAGGACGGGCAGCUCCGCGUGGUCGACGGCGGGGAAGGAGAGGUAGGAAGUAGGAGGAUCUCUACACAGACCAGCACCAACUGCCGCCUGGUAGACGCCUCGAUCCAGAAGAACAUCUCCUUCGACGGCAAGCCCGUGACCCCUACCAGCUGGAACGGGGGCUUCACUGAGAUCUUCUCCCUCCGCGACCAGCUGAAGCAGGCGGAAGAGAGGGCCCUGCAAGUGCAGAAGGAGUGUGAGGGCCUGAAGGAGGAGCUCCUGGUACUGCAGAGCCUGUGCGACAGCAGCCAGAAGGAGCGCGACGAGCUGGAGAAGGAGCUGCGCAGUUACCGAGAGCAGCUGGGGAGGCUGAUGGAGGGGAGGGCUCAGAACUCCACUGCUCCAUCUGAGCCCCCUGUUCUCUCCAUCCCCCUCGUAGGAAUGAUUGUAAUAGUGGCCCUGGUUUGGUGCUGGUGGUCGGAGCUGUCAUCUAGAGGGGCCCAGGGGAGCGAGGGAGGAUGGAACUCGGUACUGGUGGUUGCCGUGGCAGCAGCUGCCUUGCUGAUUGUGCCCAGUUUGUGCAGAGCCGUCUCCUGAGGACCGUGACGGUAGUGAUUACGCCACCUAAGCAGCACACUCUUCCCCCCAAGCCCCUGCUCGCCUCACGACGAGCCCCAUCCCAUCGUACCUGCAGCUUCACCUCCCCUUUGGAGGGGGGGGGCGAGGCAUCAAAGAAGGGACUGGGACACAUUAACCACCAUGCUGCCACCAGGUCUCCAUUCUGAAUGACCCAGGAGGAUUCUGGGUAAAAUGUGUUUUGAUGUAUGAUGUUACUGCUUAUUGACUAGCAUUGCAUAAAGGCAUAGGAUUCUGGUGGGAGGUUGAAGUGCACGGACCCAGGGAGCCAUUGAUAUCGUUGCACGUGUCCCCCCCUCCCCCUCCCGGCGCUCAAAUGCACUCAACGGUAGCUGUCCAGUCUCCCCCUAGAUGGUCCCUCAUUGGUGCGUUGACGAGACGGCGGACCUGUGUAAACUCUACACCACCUGCAGCUCCCCUGGAUGCAUAAACUAACCUGUUUAUUGAUUGAUUUAUUCUCCAUUGAGCAGAGGCGGCCUGAACUUUAGUUUCGUUUUUUUUUUUCCGUCCAAUUGCUUGUUAAAUUUGUGCAGUUGUGUAAGGAUUCGAAGAAGCGCAGAGGAGCUAAGCGUGCUGGAAGAUGUCAGGUUGGGAUUUUUUUUACGGACUCAGAUGUAAAUCUGCCGUGCUUUAAGGAAAGAGCGCAUUGUCUCGGGUGGAAACUAAUAUGAAUAAUGUUACUCUUAAAUUCUAAGUAUUUUUAAAACAUUUGAAUCACUUUAUCAUUUCAAUAUCGAAUGAGGCUUCAUGAAUACCAGGUUUCAUUGUUUUGUGUUACAUUAUCCUCUUGCUUCUUGUUCUCUUAUAGCAUGUCCUGUACAAUUUUGGUAAAAAAAAAAAAGAAAAAAAGAAAUUACUUUAUUGUAUAAAUGCUGCUUUCGGAGAUGGUUGUGGCAUUGGUUAGGUUUUCGACCUGGUCUUCCUGUGUGUGUUUAGCUCCUGGCACGCAGUAGGGGGUGCUGUCGAGCAUGGCCUUCUCGGGAGAGUGUGUCCAGCUAGGGCUGCUUGGAGGAGGAGGCUAUAACCCAUGCUGGUUAUGUGUCCAAAUAUUUCAUGCCUUCCAUCACUGAACAUGUGGGGUGAAGCUUCAAAACCAGUGUUUCCAAAUCCAGUCCUCAGGAACCCACAGACAGUCCAAGUUUUUGCUCCAGGUAAGGAGAUAGGAGGGAGCAAAAAUGUGGACUAUCUGGUAGGGAGCUGGGAGGGAGCAAAAAUGUGGACUGUCUGGCAGGGAGCUCGGAGGCAAAAAAAACCAUGGACCGACCUUGGAUGCCUGAGGACCAGAUUGGGAAACACUGUUUAAAGCACAAAGAGCUGAACAAGCCUGUGGGACAGUCAUACCACAAACCGAAGAAGGUCCAUUUAUCAGAUAUUGCUUUACCCUCCAAAGUGAAACAGCUGCUGGACCCAUAGGAAUAUCACUGGUUCAGCUUCAUAGCUUUAUAUAGACCAGGGGUCUCCAGCUCCGGUCCUGGAGAGCUACCGUCCAGUAGGUUUUCUAUCAUACCCAGCUUCUGAUAAGCCACAGCUGUUCUCAGGUAAAUACCAGGAGCAGGUGUGGCUCAUCAGAAGCCAAGUGGGACAGAAAACCUACUGGAUGGUAGCUCUCCAGGAUCAGAGUUGGAGACCCUUGAUAUAGACACUCAGCAGUCACUUUCUUUGGUACACGUGCUUGUUAAAAAGCCUGAUCCUUCAAACAGAGAACCAUGUGGCUGCAGCUGACAGCAUACAGCACACAGACAAGGGGGGCCGCUAAGCAUCACAAGAAACAUGAACAAAGUGAUCUUGCGCAUGGUGUGACUGUUGGCGAUAUACACGGCGGCCCCAGCAUCUCAGAAACAGCCAUCCUCCGGGGAUUUUACCAUCCAGAGUUUACAGAGAACGGUGCACUGAACAUAAAACAUUCAGUCAAUGGCAUUUCUGUGCCCGAACACACAAUGAAAGAGGUCAGAGGAAAAUGGCCAGAAAUGUUAAAGCUAACAGGAAGUUAGCUUCAAAGCUAAAAGGAAGUUAGCUUUGCACAAGUACAAAACAAAAAAAAACAACGGUAAUGUGCAGUACGGCCCACCUGGUACUCUGGGGGAGGUGCCUAAUAAAGCAACCACUGAGUGUGUAUGUAUAAUACUUAUUGUGACAAACAAUCUAUUUAAGAAAUGAGGUAAUGCUUAAUUCAUUUUAAAGACCUCCUGCGUAGGUUAUUGUGAGAGGACCGAACUGCAGCUUAAGAAACAGACAAAUCAUGAUGUUCUUAACCCAGAACAAUUAUUAAAAGGCACAAAUAUUUUGAAAAUAACAUUCCCUAAUCUGUCUGAAUUAUUAUUCUUAUUUUGAUUAGGUGAAGCAAGUUAGUGUGUCAUGAAAUAUAUUUUUAUACUGAUUUAUUUUUUUGCCCAAAUUAUGGAAUGCAGUUUUGCUGUCUGGUCUGUAAGGUAAAAAGGAAGAUCACAUUUCCUCCUGUUGGGCUGUGGAGUGACAUUUUUGUACAUAAACAGACUUUUUUGUGAAAUGCAUGUAUGCAUUAAUGCUGAGCGCAUUUUGCAAUCCAUAUGUCCAACUUUUGAAAUGCAAUUUGGUGCAACAGCAACCUUCUUUGAAAUAACUUUUUUCAAAUUUCUUCUUUUAAUCUUUACUCAGAGAUAUGUUUUGAAUGAUUUGAUGGGCGCUGUUUAAUCCUAUAUUCACUAUUGUUUUAUUGUCUUGUCACCUACUGAGGGCAAUUUACACUAAUGACAACAGCUGUGUAGAUGUGUAGAUUUUAUAUUCGAAUAUUGUUUCUAGAUUGCUCCUCUUAUUACAAAUACACAUAUAUAUUAUGUGUAAUAUAAUUAUAAACAAAUUUCUGUUGUCCUAUUCCUGUUCUCAUUGUUUUUUAAAAACUUGUGUUUUAAUAAACACCAAGCCUUCCUUGGAUACCCAUGAUUCGAUACACUUAGCCUUCAGUGAUUUAUCAGCCUUGUAAUUGCACAUUCGCAUGCAGCCUGUUGCAAACAUGGCAGUUUACUGGAAUAAUUAUCGUAACUGUUUAUGUGCAAUAUAUAAGAAAACAUGCCUACAGUUUGUGCUGUAGUUUAUUUUGUUUAAACCUCACAGUCAGUUAUUUGAUCAUCAGAUUUUUCACAUCAAAAUCUUCUCAGUUGAAAUAAACGUGUAAGUAUGCAUUUAUGUAUUUUGACUAUUAUCUGUGUCAUUUCCUCCAUUCUUUUUGCCUUUUACAUAUAAACUUGCUUUUUAAUUGUCACAGAGAGGCGCAGUUGUGCGCGAGUGUCGUGCUGAUAACAUUUUGUUGCAGGGGUGUAGAGAGCUUCUGGAGAAACAUGGGAUCAGUCACUUCUCCACGGGCAAAGAUCUCAUAAAAUCCGACUCCUGUUUCGACUCCUCUGCUCUUGCUGGGAUCAUACCAGCACUUACCAAUGUGAAAACUUGCCUGUCCUGUUCUUUUGGCUUUUUGGCACGUGAUAAAAGGGUGUGUGAUUUUGGACAGUGCAAAAAGUUUGUUGCGUGCUCCGUAGAGGUCUGGUCUGCCUCUUCGCUUUAAGUUACGCUGAAUUAGACACAUGACCUGUGUGAUUAACGUGCUCGUAGGCUAACAGUUGAAGAUUUCCCCUUUUGGUCUCUUAGUUUUUCCGCAUGACGAGACUUUAGAUACUCCUGCAGCCCCAUCGCCAUUAGAUUUCAUGCCAUGGUGAUUGCUUUGUGCCUGGGUAAGGUGACCACCUGAUCUUCAGCUGCCUUUUAUAGUAUAUAAGCUUUGUGGAAUCGUGCAAUAUCAACUGGCAUCCCAGAAAAAAAUAAUAUAUAUAUAUAAUGUAUUUUUAUCCUUGAUCAAUUAAAGGGUGUGUUUGAAUUUCUGUUUAUCUUAAUAUGUUGAAUAAUUUUCUCUAAUAGAUCAAUGCAUGUGAGAAAUAAAAUAUUUUGUAUUUCAGUAUGAUAUUUGUGUUGUAUGUACUGUAAAUAGAAUUAGGAGUGAACUGAAAACUGUAAUGACCAUAAAUGGAUACUUAAAUUAAAACAUUGCAUUGUCAAUAGUGAGUGAAUCUUA